UUCUCUCUCCCUUAAAAUCCUCUCUAAAAAUGAAGAGAGAAAAGUAAUCACCACUUUACUAACUUUCAUUCACACCACUUUUGUUCACAAACUUCUCUCAUCCAUGCAAACAAGAAAGUGUGGAAGGUCCGGAAUAACCCAUCCUCGCUGUCCCGACAAUGUCUUCAUUGGAACAUGAUUACGAAAUCCCGCCGACUCCAACAUACAGGACCCCACCGACACUAGUAGCUUUCACCUUCACCAUCCUCAUAUUAGUCUUUGUGGCUUUGAGCAUUGUGUAUCUUUGUAAGUAUUGUUUUCAAGGCCUUUUCCACACCUGGGCCUUACAACGCACAACCUCCAGUUCUCUCGUUCGUCUCUCGCCUGAGAGAUCACCGCCUCGAGGACUCGACAAUACCCUUUUAGAUAAAUUCCCUACUUUUGUUUACUCCUCCGUGAAAGAUCUGCGCGAGGAAAAGAGUUGCAGCUUGGAAUGUGCCAUUUGUUUGCUAGAGUUUGAGGAUGAUAGCAUGCUUCGUCAUUUAACUAUUUGUUGUCAUGUUUUCCAUCAAGAAUGUAUUGACCUAUGGCUUGAAUCUCACAAGACAUGUCCCGUUUGUCGAACUGAUCUUGAUUUACAUCCAAACCAAACGGCGAAACAAGGGGACAAUGACAACGACAACGACAAUAACAACAACAACAACGUUGAUACAGACGAGGGUAUGAUGCAGUUACCAUGCGAUGCUAUACGUAUUGAUGUUGGAGAAGAGGAAAAAGACAUUGUUGGUGAGAUCAUUGGAGCUCAAAUAAAUGCCAAUGGCCAACAUGAUUGUGAGAACACGAGCAUGCCACGAGGAGAAGAACCUAGGUUUUCAAAGUCACAUUCAACGGGGCACUCUAUAGUAAUGAUUAGAGGUGAAGAGAAAGAUAAUGCGAAAUAUACUUUGAGAUUGCCUGAGCAUGUUAUAAGGGGAGGGCACAGCAGCUCUAAGAGUUGUACAACUUACAAUGAAAUGACAUUGAGAGAGCCUACACCUUGUAGUAACUGUGGUUUUGUUAAACCAGUAGCUGCCUCCUCGUCACUUGCUCAUGCUCAAGACCAUUAAAGCAUGCUUUUUAUCAUUCAAGAUCAUUUUUUCUUCAUUUAAUGUUUAAAUUUUACUUCUAUAGGUUGAGACUUUAGAUAUAGACUCAUAGAAGAUAGAGGU